AUGGGAAACACAUUGCAAAAGCAAGAGGAAUCAACCUUCUUCACUUGCCAGAUAUGUUUCGAAUCCAUGUUAUCAUCAACCAUGAAAUUCAAUAACAUGAACAGGUGCGUUCAUCCAUUCUGCAAAGACUGCAUGAUUAAGUACAUCGAAGUGAAGGUGAACAACGAUGUCGCCGACAUCAAGUGUCCGGGGCUGAACUGCGAGCAGCUGUUAGACCCUCUCACUUGCAGGCCGAUCAUGGCCGCCAAACUGUUCGACCAGUGGUGCGACCUCCUCUGUGAAUCUGCAGUUUUACGGUUUGAAAGAUGUUACUGUCCCUAUUGGUAUUGCUCGGCUCUGAUUGUGAACGAGUGUGGAGGGAAUGUUAAGAAAUCAAAGUGUCCCAAUUGCAAGAGGAGGUUCUGUUUCCGCUGCAAGCUUCCAUGGCACCCCGGCUAUGGAUGUGAAGAGAGUGGGGUGAGGAUAGAUAUUAAUGAUGAUAUUCAGUUUGGAGUUCUUGCAGAGACGAAGAAGUGGAAGAGAUGUCCGCAUUGCGACAGUUGCAUUGAACUUAUUGAAGGUUGCGAUGUGGGACCAGGUUUUGCUACUGGUGUGGACUCAAGAUUGAUGAAAAUGGGUGUGGGUGCCGGCGCGGGUGUGAUUGGAGGGAGUGGUGCUUUUAUAUAA